CGCCACUUGUUGCAGACGACAGGGUCGUCGACGAAUUCCAAGAAUAAAGAUCUUGCUAUCGUACUUGUUCAAAACUACAUUGAUACCGAAUUAUAAUUAUUCUAAAGCUUUAACUUUAUCGAAGAUGUCAUCAAAUCUAGAAAACAAAAGCGCGGCGUCUCUCUUGCCGCUGGCGACGAUCGAGCCCGUGGAGGUAGCAGCUGCAACUCAGACGCCUUUGAGCAGACCCAGACGGAUCGGCUUUACCCCACGGAACCAACAAAACGAGCGCAUUUCAACCAGAGUUUCUUCCUCUUCAUCGCCUACUGCAGGAGCAGGCGUUAUCAUUCCUGCUAGUGUGCAGCUGCCUGCGCGAGGUUUGCGGCGAACUGCUGAGCCCCCUCGUUCUGUCGCGCCAGGAGGAACUCCUACAAGAGCUGCACCGAGGAGAACCAUGCAACGAUCCUCCACAAGCAAGCGGCAUUUGUGCGAUAUUGCCAGCGAAGAUCAACAUGAUGUGAAGGAGCGAGUAGAUCAUAAUGAAUCAGAAAAGAUAAAGAAGAAGAAGAAGUCCACCUCCCCGGCCGCCACUGUCGUGGCUUCACAGAACGACAAUCAAAAUCAAACGAAUGGUACUUCUAAGCCGACCACGGCUUCCAAGAAACCAACGCAGAGUAAAGCUACAAACAGACGCCCCCUGCGGCCCAGAUUCUCCGGACUGGGGGUUGGCGGAUUGUCCUUUUUUUGCAAGGCGGUCACGAACAAUGUUAAUAUCCACACGAUGAAAACUUUUAUGGCGAACACGGCGGAUUUCAGACUGGUGUCCGCAUCGACUACAGGAGAACAAAUUCUGCACCCAGAUCUCGCAAUGUCGGCGCCGGACUUGCACGAGCCAACGCUGUUGGGCCCGGGCGACGUGAACUUCAAUUUGGCUGCUACGGCACCCAGUGUGGUGCAGAUAACUCCGGAACAGAACAGUGGUAGCGCGGCAGCUGCUGCUGGUGUUGCAACAACAAUUUCAACGCAAGCUACAGACCCGGCUGCCAUGUCUCAUCAAACCACUGCCGCAGCCGCAGCAGCACCCCAGCAGAGUGCAGCAGAUUAUGUUGGUGACGGCGUCAUCAAUCCAGACCUCGCCCUCUCUGCGCCGGAACUCUCCCAAUUACACGAGGAAAACAAACUUCUUACUGCCAGUGAGGUGCAAAACAUUGGCGCGCAGUUGGCCGCUUCCGCACCAAGUGCGGUGCAGGUGCCAGCAGCGUCAAUGGUGGCCCAGCUGCCGGACGCUAUGUUGCCCACGGUCACUGCUGGUGCUAGUGUGCAUCAACCACCGACGACUCCAGCCCAGCAACAAUUCUUGUCCUCCUCCCUACCAGCGAAUUUUCACGCGACAAAGCCAGGCGAGGAGGGCAGCGGUAGCUUGGGGGCAGGGGUGCAGCAACAGGCCUUAUCUUCCUCUUCCCCUGCGAUUUUUUUGUCUGGCGGAGCCGCGACCACCGGAGAAGGUUCUACAAAGGAGAAGAAACCCUUGCUGCAGACGGUACCAGUACAACCGGUAGUGCAAGUAGAACCGCACCUCCCGCAGCCACAGGCACACGUAGAGCAGCCCGAGCAUGUCAACGUGCAGCAGCAUCUAUCCUCCACGGCUCCUGCUGUGAUGCAAGAAACGACUGAUAACGAUAUCAACACCAUCGAUCCCCCCGCGCCGCCAGCUGCUUCGCCGCUCUACGACACCGCGCCGGCAGUGUUGCAAUCGAACGCAGCGGUAGAUGUGCAUCAAAACGAAAACCAGGCAGAGCAACCGCAUCUACUACCGCCAGCACCACAGCCGAAUUCAGCUUUCAUCACGAACUCUCUUCCGGCUGUGAAACUCGGCGAAGCUGCCACUUCUUCGCAGCAGAUCGAAGGUGCUGGUGGGCAGAAUGUUUUAGAACAACUCCCAAACUUGGCGAAUUCAGCACCGGCGGUGCUGAAUUCAGGACCGCAGGAACAAAAUUCAGUACCGCAGGAACUUCCUUCCUACAACGCGAUGCUCGGAAAUACCAUCCCUGUUGAGCAUAUGCAGCAUGAAAAAACACCCACCUCCAUCCAAUUUGAUGUCAUGCAAAACAUUAACUUGCAUAAAGCCCUCGUGUUUGUCAUGCAAAAAAUGGGUUGGGAUGGGUUUUUUUUGCUGGAUAAAGCAACACCCGCAGCCGCACAUCGUCGAUCUUACCGCCACUGCGCCAGCCGUAAUAGUCACAACUCCGCAUGAUAAAAAACAGCCGGACGAUGCGUUCGUGUACACCCCGACAGCAGUGGACUUGACCGCGACGGCGCCGGCUGGAGGUGGUUCUUUUGCAGGACCUGCAGCAGCAGGCGAGUCCUAUCAGGUGAUCACGGAUGGCAGCGGCCCGGAUGACGAGCAUGAAUUCUCCGAAGGUUCUGGUGUGCAAGUGGCACACAACCCGGAUCAGAAAAUCGAACCCAAACUGAUCAGUGGCCAGAAUGAGAAGAUGACACAGACCGAGAGCACCAGUGCUGGGGAAGAUUAUAGCACACCAGGUGCGACAGCAGGAGCAACCUCCCGGGAUGUUGCGUUGGAAACGAAACAGAGCCAGACGGAAGAAGUUCUUGGAGCAGGAGAGGCAUCUACUUCUCCACCUGAUGUGCGACGUCCCGCCGCCACCCCCGCAACGGCCAAUCUGGCGAUCGGUGGGAGUACGAGUCCAGCGUUUAGUAACGCGGCGACAGGACAAGAUAUCCACAAACAAACAACCAUCCCCAUUUAAUUUGUCAUGCAAAACAAGCAUGAAAUUCAGUAUUUGUCAUGCAGAAAAUGGAUGGGGAUGGUUCGUUGUUUUUUGUGGAUACAAGAAGACUCUUCCACCGACACAUCCCAAGACGAGAUGGGUUCCUCUGGUCCCUCUUUGGAUCUGAAAAACGCACCGAUUUCUUCCUUCGCGUUUUUAUCUCUGUUACUCCUCUGCGGCAAGGUGUUGCGGGUUCUGAUCAAGCCGCUGCGGGACCUGUACUUGCCGAGUUCGGUCGUCGGCGGGACUUUUGGGUAUAAAGAUUUUUAUUCCAAAGUGAGUUGUCAUGCAUGUGGCUGUAUUCUUGUUGCAAUUUGUCAUGCUAAACACACUACAUCUACAUCAUCUAUCAGUUACCUCAUCCUGCUCCUCGCGAACAACGUCGGGCCGCAUGGGUGUGUAUCCACAGUAACUUUCCCGUACACGUACAAAUGCGGUCCCGUACACGUACAAAUGCAGUCUCUGCAUGACAAAACUUGGCUUCGAUUCUAGUUUAGCAUGACAAGUUUUACCCUCCAAAUUGGCAAGAUUUGUGAUGUAUCUUGUACAUGUUGAUGUACGGAAAAUUUGUAUUGCAUAGCGUGUCCCCGAGGACCACAUUAAUCGUUACUCCAACACGGACCCGACCGUUCCGGUUGGGCAACGGGGGGAGUGUCUGCCCGGAAUCAGGAAGGUCUACAGCUACUUCUCUGCCUACUACACCAUCGGGUGGGGAUAUCGCAAGAAAAAAGUGUUACAGUUACACAUUGUGUUGCAAGACAGGCACCACAGACAACCUCUCUCAUGCAGGAAAUGCUUGGGAGCCUCGUUUCCUUCCUGUUUUCCCUUAAUAUGAUCUGCGCAUUACAAGUUUUCUCUGCCACACAGAAAAAAUUUCCGAUGCAGAAACUCCAACAAAUCUGUAACUGUAUCACUUUUUUCUCGUGAUAAGGGACCGCAACUCCCGGAGGUUUAUGCACUGCAAAAGUAUCGUACUAGUAGAAAUCGCAUUACAAAUUCGGCCAGCAUGACAAAUGAAAUUUGUCAUGCUGUUUUACCUUGGUUUGGAGAUUUGUAAUGCAUGACUGCGAUUACUACGAGUACGAUACUUUUGCAGAGGAUAAGGUUCUGAUCUCGGUGAUUUUUGCCGCGGUGUUUAUUGGGGUCGAGGUCCCGUAUCCACAGUGAAUUUCCCGUACAUGUACACAUGUGGUCUCUGCAUGACAAAACUUGACUUCGAUCCUAGUCUUGCAUGACAAGUUUUGCGGUUCAAAUUGGUGAAUAGAUUUGUGAUGCAUGUUGUACAUGCGCGGGAAAUUUGUAUUGCAUAUCCCGUAUCCACAGUGAAUUUCCCGUACACGACGCACAACUGGAACUGCCGUCUCUGCAUGACAAAACUCUUCGCCAAUCCUAUUCAGCAUGACAAACCGCAUGCUCUAAGAACUCGGCCAAAUUUGUCUUGCAUUUUGUACGUGUCGUGCGGGAAAUUUGUAUUGCAUAUCCCCCCUGUGAAAGCGAUCUGGGAAGGUUCCGGACCGCAGAUUAUGUACGGGCAGGUGGUCACGCAUGGCCUGUGGAUGUUCGGACUGUUAGCGGGCUGGGUGUUUGGAGCAUUGUUUCUGUAUUGAUAGAAGAUACUCAUGAUUCAUUUUCAUUCAUUUUCAGCCUGAUGUUGUGGUCUUUCUGAAGAUGUUGCAUGUUCUAGUUCUUAUUUGUGCUGCAUACGCAAAGUUCUUUUCACUGCUAUCGUACGACACCUUUGUCUAUUGUAAUUGUGAUUAUCGUAUCAAAAAGGUUCUUCGAAGCCAACGAGUGGGGCUACUUCUGGACCGGGAACCAAGCCUGGAACACGGAAGACGGAAAAUUACCGCACGGAAAAUCUGCGGACUGGUUACCGCAUUGCUACGGGAUCUCCAUGUAUCUCGGCUUUGAGGGUGGUCAUGGAACGGUAUAUAGAAUUUUUGACCUUUUAGUUUGAUUCCAACUCCGGUGCACGACUUGCGGUUGUGACUUGCUGUAGUUCUGUUACUGUAACUGUUACUGUUUAUUUGCAAACUAUAAACUUCUCAUGGCUCGUCCAGCACAGCCACAUCUGUCUUCUUGUUCUCGUCUCUACUCCUGCUACUCCUCCUACCUCCUACCUGUCGAUUACUUACAUUGAUAUGGGUCAACACAGACACAAACUUUUAUCAAAUUCUAGGUUGCUGGGCUCCGUGAUGACUUUCCGAAGAUGCAAGAAUGGAAAGACGGUUUUGACGUUUCCAUCGGUAUGGCCACGACCGGUCUCCUCGGCGCGACCAUUUGGGGCGUCAUGCUGAUCAACAUCGCAUCUCGCCGGAACUGGCGCGCACCGGGCAUAUGGAUUGCAAAAAUUAGGAAGGUCUGUCAUGCUCUGCUAAGUAGUCGAUGACUCCAAAUUCUGUCAUGCUCGUUAAUUCCCAAAAGCCCCAUUUUUCUGUCAUGCCGAAACGCGGUUUGUCAUGCAGCAUUAUACGCAACACCUAGCAACAAGCCAUCACUUGUGGCGUCCUCAGGAUUCGCGAACUAGCAUCUCAAGUUUAUUGCUACUAAGUGGAAUUUUGCAGGAAAAAGGAAAAUUGAAAAAAAAUGCCCCCUGUGCUGGAUAGGACGAGGGCGACAGCGGCUGGGAGCGGGGACAACGCGGCGGCCUUUCUUGCAAUCUGUUUUCAUCAAAAAACAUCACUACAGGCACAAAGCGAAUCCUUCAUCAUAGUACAUUCCACAGGCACAAAUGAGGCCCAUGAAGAUGAUGGCUCAUAAGGUGCAAGCAGCCUGCCUCGCACAGGGGUCCGGCUUUCCGCGCCACACACGCACACACUGUGGCGCAAAUCGUCACAGAGCCCGGCGCCCACCUCCGUUACUGUUCAAAAAAUACCUUGCGCGAGUCACAAAACCCAAAGAGCAGACAUAGUAGGCGGCUGCCACUACCUCCCCGGCCCCUUCACCGCGUCCCUUGGUAUGGCCCUGGUUGAGUCGGCUGGAAGGGGGCGGCCCGGGCGCGGCUCCGCGAGCAGGGCCGAAAAAGGCCGGCAACCCUGAAGCACCUCGACUACCUUCUCCGGGAGUGUCCGGACAUGGACAUCGCCAGGGGCUUCGACUCGGGUGCCCUUUUUUGCCAUUCCGCUCGUGAUUGAGUGGAAAAAGUUUGUAUACCCAUGCGGUUUAAGUUCACAGGAAAACGCAGGAGGGAGGCCUCCGGGGGAGGCCAAAAUCGGGCCAAUCCGGGGCCCCAAAAUGAGGGGCAAAAUCGGGGCCGUGCCACCGGUGCUUCAAUUCCACAGGAAAAUGAGGGGGCGACCCCCCCGGGGCCCCCUUCGGCGGGUGGCCCCGGGCCAUCAUUUUUGGUGCAAAAGUUGCGCGCUUUCGCCUUUUCGGCCGGCCAAACGUUGCAAAUAGGCGCGGUGGGCCUUCUCCUUGGGGGCUUUUCUUGGCAUUUUUCCGGACGCCCAAAACUGGCGCCACAAUUCGGAGAUUUAGGUGCGGUUUCACCUCCGCCGGGGGGGGGGAAAUCUGGAUGGCCAUUUUUUUCGCACUUUCCCCGGCGCGCGCAAAAAGUGCGGAAAUAGUUCGGGGCGACUGUCCUAAUGGCAACAUAUGGUCUGUCUGGCGCGUCAGCUGCUGGGCCACCCAAUUAUUUGGCAGGGCCUCGGCUCGCUUGGGCGCCGUCCUCUCCCUGCCCGCACAGCACGCCCGUCUGGCGCGCGCCGUCGGCUUGGCACAGCCGCCCCCUGUUGGAGGUAGGCUGCCCUCAUCUCAUGGGCCAUGGUCCUCAUGUCCCUCAUUUGUAGCUGUAGCGAUGUAUUUUGAUGAAGGUCUGCCACGUGCCUGUACUGGUGUUCUUUGAUGAGGACUGAGGAUUACAAAGGCCGCCGCGCCCUCACCACUCCAAACCGCCGCAGCCACCGCCCAAUCCAGCACAGGGGGCAUUUUUUUUCAAUUUUCCCGUUUCCUGCAAAAUUCCACUUAGUAAUUGCAGACCCAGACAUAUUUGCACUUCAUACGGCACGCGGGUUUCCAAAACCCUGGCGGAAGGAGGUGGCCAGGGGAUCGAGGGGGCGGCUUCUUCUGAUCCGUUGCUGCUAGUUGGAGUGUAUUCGGAAGAUUCUCGGAAGCCGAUGGCGUACGAAACGGUUGUAUCGGAUUCGAUUGACACACUGACGCUCCACGCGGCUUUGAUCGGGUUGGCUUGCGCUUUUGGAUACGGAAUCCAGAAGGGCAUGAUCGCACUACAGGAGUUUUUGUCCUCCGAUACCGUCGGCUGGAUCCCGAAAGCCGAGACCACCAUUGGCGAAAAUUUUCCGCUGUUUCCGCUCUGUAUGGUGGGCGGGAUUCUGGUGGACCGGUUGAUCCGAGCGAUUGGAUAUUCCAUAUUACAAUGAAAAAUGCUCCCACCCCCGAACUUGAAAGCAUUUGUAUUGCAAACCUUUCCAAGUGAAACACUCGCCCUCUUGCAUGUAUCAGCAUCACAGAUUUCCGAUCGUGAAUAACAAAAAUUUGUAUUGCAAAAGAUCCCAGCAAGAGCGGUGCUUGUCAUGCAAGCGAUGCGAAACACCACUAGAAUCUGCAUCAUUCAGAAAGAUCCAUAUUUUUUUCAUGCAUGACAAAAAGUUUUCAUUCGGAAACUUCGCAUCACAAAUUUUUGCACCUUUGGGGAUGGGGGGGCACUUUUCAGUGUAAUAUCCCAUGCUGAUUGACCACAACUGCAUGCAGCGGGUAAUAUGAGAUUGAGAUCAUCUUCUUGAUGCGGUGGCUAAGAUGAAAUAUGUUUUUUGCAUCCCAGUUCUGGUUCUCCACUGAUAAAAAAUAUUCUGGACCAAAUUUUUCGUAGCCUUCACGCACAACUGCAAAUUUGUAUCCGGAAAAAUAGCGGUCUCGGUAACGUUUCUGCUGCUGUUACUGUUUGCACAACUUGUUGUACGACGUGUCAACAUCUGUUUCAAUUGACUUCCAGGUGUCCGGUAUCGCCCUGGACUACUUGAUUACGGCCGUGCUGUGCACCAUGGAUCUGCAAGCCGCCACCGGCUGGCCCUACGCGACCCUCGCCUUCGUGAUCCUCAACAUUGUGGGUUUCGCGUGGCACUUCUUCUGCAUUCUCUUCCUAGCGUAUGACGGUGCACAACUCCCCCUCGUUCUCAUUUCUCAUGCAGAAUACCAAAUCCACGCUUUCCCUCCUGUCACUAUUAUGCAUGACAAGUUCUGGUGGCCCAAAUAGCACUACACUCCAGUGCAAAUCUGUCAUGCAAAACCGGCACUCUUGCUGAUGCUUGUAUUGCCGUUCAUGCUAUACAAAUGAGGGGGAGGGGGAGUUGUGCGCUCUCAUAUAGCGCCAAAAAUGCUGCCCGACGCGUGGUUCGAGCGGGCCAUUUUCGAGGUCGGGCACUCUAUGGGCACGACGUAUGAAAUGAAAUAACAUCGUUCUAGUAUAAAUCGCAUGACAAAUUCCCUCAGCAUGAAAAAUCGGAUUUGUAAUGCGGAUUUAGGUUAGGAUGGAGAUUUGUAAUGCAUGACUGCGAUUAUAACUGCGAGCACGAUACUUUUGCACAGGAUACGACGGCAAACGGGCUGAUUCUGUUGAAGAUGGUAGACCCGCAUUCCGAAACGGCUGCGGGCUCUGCCGUCGCGUUUAAACUCUUCGUCCACGAACCCAUGAUGGGUGUGUGGGUUAUGGAGUUCUCAAACGUUACACUCUCAACUGUUGCAUAAAUUUGCAAAAAUGCAAGACCAGCAACAGUGAAAGGGGCAAACUUGCAGCUGUCGCAUCACAGAUCUGGCACAGGAGAUUUUUUAGAUUCUAUUUAGCCCUACUUCGGAAAUUUGUCAUGCGAAGCCGCUUGGUUAUCUGGCGGGUUAAGGUAGUUCUGCAUGACAAAUGCAUGAAACAGCUGAGAGUGUAACGCUUGAGAAUCCCAUAGCAGUGGCGUUGGUUUCGACGUGCUUCAAGUUUCCGAUGAGCACCAAGGACAGCUCCUUCUGGAUCCUCAUGUGGGCCGGCUUCAGCGGGAUCGUCAUGGUAAGUACUAUUUUUGUUUGGUUCUCCUGGCGUUCAUUUUUUGUCAUGUGGGGCGAUCAUGUAGCCAAUAGCCAGCGUCGACUUCCACUUCUGUCCUCGCAAUUGUAGUGAUCGCCCCGCUCAACCAUUCUAGUAGAUAAGAUUUGCCGCCAGGUGCAGAUGGGCACCCACCAUGGGGCCGCGAUAGACAAAAAUGAUUACACUUCUACAUGAUCUUGCUCUACCGUUCCAUUCUGCAUAAAAUUACACACGAUGGUGCUGCUGCAGCUGCUUCUGAUCAAGAACGUUAUGCAGCUUUAUAUUGCAAUAAAUGCAAUGAAAAUAACAUCAAAUAAUCCAAACUACAACAAAACCCAGGCUUUCUGGUUCGCGCUGUACAAAUAUGACAGUGCACAACUCCCCCUCCCCCUCGUUUGUCAUGCAAAAUACCCAGUCCACCCUUUGCUUUGCCUUUUGGCACUGUUUGCAUGACAAGUUCUGGCAGCCCAAAUAGCACUACACUCCUGUUCAAAUUUGUCAACAUGCAAAAACUGUGUCAUUGCUGACGCUUGUAUUGCUGUUCAUGGAAUACAAAUGAGGGGGACGACGGGGAGUUGUGCACUUUCAUACCAAAUUCUACUUCAAGCCCAAGUACAAGAACCAAAUCGUGCGUGACCGCGAGACCUUUCUCUCCUUUCACGAGCACCAGAAGGAAGAGAAUUCGCGUGAACUGUCCCGGUCCCGCACCCGGUCCACCGAGCUGCUUGCCUACCCAGGCGGACUUGAUCCGGUGAACGCGAUCGAUUUCGACGCCAUGCAGAAGUGCAGCCCCAACCAGGGAGGCCAGCCCGUCUAUGGCGUGCUCAGCUGUUACUACAUUCUCAACUGUUUAUAUGAAUUUGUGAUGCAAGAAUUGCAAAAGUGAAAGGGGGGAGGCUGCACCUCUAGCAUUACAAGUUCUGCACAGAUUUAGGUGCUGCUUAGCCCUUCGCAAAUUUGUCAUGCGAACCAGCUUUCUCGUGUGGAUCUUGAUGGUAGUUCUGGAUGACAAAUUCAUGUAACAGUUGUUGAGAGUGUAACAGUUGAGAACGCCAUACCGUCCGACGCACGCGAGCAGGCUCCAUGACGGUGAACAACAUGAGACAGUCGGGGCGACACACGCAGCAGCUAUCAUUUGUAAAAACGUUCCCACCCUAGAGUUGUAAUGCAAAUGCGCAACGAGAGGAACAUUUGUAAUGCGCAUCUCCAUAAGAGGCAUUUCCAAUCGUGUUUUGGUAUUUGUAAUGCUGUAAAUAGGAUGAGCAAAUGGCUUCCUCAUGCGGCUUUCCUUGCUAAUCAGCACUACGCUGCAGAUGGAAACUUGUCAUGUAGGACUUCCAAAGCUUGGAGAUUUGUGUUGCAGAUUUCCCAUCUUGACUAUGGGGCGGGGACUUUUUUACACAGCAUAGCAACAUCAUGAUCAUCUUCACCAUCCGCACGGAGACUUCGCACCCCCGACCUAUGUGUACCAGAACGGCAUGAACUUUCUGGAAGAAUCUCACACCGGUGGUGGCUCCGUGGUCGCCCCGGGCGGGGGCCCGCCGAGCACGGAUCUGGGGCAUCUAAUCGCGAUGAGCAGUCAGACUUUGCGGUCCAAGGCGAACUCCUUGACGUGGGGCAGUACGAUCGGGGGCGUGCAUAUGGAAGUGUCAGGAUUGAAAUCGACAAGAAAGUUGAGAUAACUUGUACUGCAUAAAAUGGAUGAAAGUUGUAACCCAGUUUCCAAUUGGCGCAUGACAAAUUUGGGUAGAGCCGAAAUCUGGUUUGUCAUGCUGUUUGGGUAACAAGGAAGGCGCCUUUUGUCAUGCUACUUUAGCAGCUCAGUGCCUACCCCCCAACAGGCUUACAAUCUGCCUCACUUGCCUACUCUGCAAGACAGGCACUCUGUGGGCUGCAUUUUAUGCAUGGCAAACUAUUUGAGUUUCAACUUUGACGAUCUGAAUCCUGACACUCCCAUAGUGCAGGAGACCGGAAGGCCGACGGUGGACGACGCCUUGUUUGUCAACGCGGUCUGCACAAUAUCCUGUGCAAAAGUAUCGUACUCGUAUAAAUGCAGGUCCUCUUGCAUUUAAUGCAAUUUGUAAUACAAAUUUCUUUGUGAAGGCAAAUCAGCAUAUACAAAUUUUAUUUUUCAUGCUGAGGAAAUUUGUCAUGCGAUUUCUACUAGUACGAUACUUUUGCAGUUCAUACACAACUACCGGGAACAGCAUCAACCUCGGAGGAGAUCAUGGUGCAGCUCAAUUGAUGAGCACGACCGGCGAAGGACAUCACGGAGGUGCUGCUGGUGGAAUCAGUGUUGUGGUGCAAGGACAUCACCAGCCGGCUGGGCUUCUGGAAGGAGGGGGAGGAGGGCCCCCACCGCUACAGGGAACUACGAAUUCUUCUUCGUCGUCGUCUUCUUCGACGGGCGUGGUCGUCGUGGCGAAUAACAUGAAACAGCAAGACAACCUGUCGGAUAUUGUGGAGGAGAAGGAUUCGACUACGAAUUCUCUGGAAAUGACCAACAUGCAGCGGACGACCACGCAGGGCGGGGAAAAUAUCCACAAGAAAAGACCACUGUGGCAGCUGUCCUGAUUGCCACGAAUUGUCCGAGUUAUUUGUCAUGCGAAACAACAGGCUUCAAAGCCAGUCUUUGUCAUGCAAAAAAUGGAUGGGAAGAUGGAUCGCGACCUUUUCUUGUCUGGAUAGACCAUGAUGACGACGAUCACGCGCCGAAGAUCUUCGGACCGAAGGAUCCGGAUAUGCAUUGCAAAUAUGUCUGGGUUUGGAAGACUCGGAACUUGUCAUGCGUGUUGCGGUUCACAAAAAAAUUUGUCUUGCGUGACUUGCAAAAGAUGCCUUUUUCUGGCCGUCCUGAGAGCGCAUUUCUCAUGCAGAACAGGCAUUACCAAGGGGCUGCAGAACUUGUGAUGCUAAGCCCUGCGCUACAGAGUUUGCGGACCUUGGAAAGAUUGCAUCACAAAUCUCGCAAUCUUCCACACCCAGACAUAUUUGCAUUCGAUACCGGAGAGAAACUGAAAAGGCUCUGGGAUUGAGAUGUAGAUUUGCUGAAUGGAACUGGAUUCGGGACGGAGAGAAAAUGAAAAUCUUCACUAUCAUUUAGAACUAAUUUCUUCCUGCAGCUUUUACUUAAUUUUGCUUAUAUGCUUUGUUCCCAUCAACACGUUUACGCUAUGGCUGUCUUCUUGGGUUGUAAUUUUAUUCUGUUCAUCGCGACUAUCAGUAUCACUUGAACUUGUUACACUUUGAGAAUAUUUGGAUAUCUAUUCAUUGCAACAACACAAUCAUGCCUCGAUGCACUCAAGCUUCUUAUUUCUGGUUUUGAUUUCUUAUGUCAUGCAUGAUUCGCUGCAUUCUUGUCUUCAAUUUUUGCACAUGAGUUUUCAACGAAUUAUUUAAUAUAGACGGAAUUGAAAAAAAAGUUUUGUAUACAAAGACAGAAUUUAUUUUUACUCGGCGCCAGUGCUGUGUGGGUCGUAUCAAUAUCAAAAGAUUUCGAAUUGAUUAGUGCGCUGAGGUCGAUGUUGUCCCUACAAUCAACUUAUACUGCAGUACUAUUAAGCGACAUUUUUUGGAUAUUACAACUACACCUAACGAGACGGAUUUUCGCUUAGACUCGUGUCCGUUCUGAUAGUGUUUACACGAAGAACGACGAAUAUAGCCCGCGACAUUCGGACGAUUUUACCACCUGAAACCUGCGACGGACCCACGAGCUGGACCUGCAUCAAGGUACUUCUACGUAAGUAGAUGUUGCGCGCAUUGGGAGACGAUGAAACUGGCAAGCGGAGUCUUUGCGCAAACUGCCCAUUGUGCGGCUUUGAGCGAUUCCUUCCACACAGAUUCAGAUUGUCAGCACUGCUAUAAGCUAGUCCAGCUGCGCAGGGCGCGUCAUUCGAGCCACCAGCCCGGGGGCGGCGGUGGUUG